AUGACCCGUCAGGACUCUUCGACACCUUAUCAAGGAAUUCCUGAUCGGCCAUUACAAACUCAACCAACUGCAGCACCGCCUCCUGUUCAACCACCAGUUCCUGGAGCUCCACCAUCUCAUGGUGGAACUCACGGUGCUGGAGGUGAUUUAAGUCUCAAUCUGAGACCUGGAUCCAGAACAACAAGCGCACCCUCUUCACCUGCUAAAACACGCGAGAGUCUGCUCCAAAGGGUUCAGAGUCUCACUGGAGCAGCACGUGAUCAGGGUGCGUCAAUUCUUGGUGCAGCCGUAGGCGGUGCCAGUCGAGGUUCUUCAUACAAUAAAGAUCGCUGUUUCACAUUACUUGUGAUUGACGACCAGAAUACAGACUGGAGCAAGUAUUUUAGAGGACGUAGGCUUCAUGGUGACUAUGAGAUCCGCGUGGAGCAGGCUGAGUUCCGGGAGUUGUCUCUCACAGCCAAUGAAACUGGCGCCACUGUUUCCAUGGCUGUCUUCCGGAAUGGGACCAAGGUCAUCAGAUCCUUCAAACCGGACUUCGCGUUAAUUCGCCAGAAUCUUCGAGAUGCUGGUGAAGAUUAUAAGAGCAUUCUCUUGGGUCUCAUGUACGGAAGUGUUCCAAGUGUGAAUAAUCUUACAGCAAUUUAUAACUUCCAGGACAAACCAUGGGUUUUCGCGCACUUAAUCGGUCUUCAGCGUCGUCUUGGAAAGGAUAAUUUCCCUUUAAUUGACCAAACUUUCUACCCUAAUCAUCGAGAAAUGGUUUCAGCACCUCGUUAUCCUGUUGUCGUGAAACUCGGUCAUGCACAUGGAGGUGUUGGAAAAGCCCGAGCUGAAAACAACCAAGAAUUUGCAGACAUCGCGUCAUUGGCUGCUCUAACAACUGCUUAUAUCACAGCAGAGCCAUACAUUGAUACUAAAUACGACGUUCAUGUGCAGAAAAUUGGCAAUAAUUACAAAGCAUUUAUGCGGAAGAGUAUCAGCGGUAAUUGGAAAUCGAACACGGGAUCGGCAAUGUUGGAACAAUUAGCAGUCACAGAACGACAUCGAUCAUGGAUAGACCAUGUAGCACAAUUAUUUGGUGGUUUAGAUAUCUGUGCAAUUGAGCUUCUAGUUGCAAAAGAUGGUCGUGAAUAUAUCAUUGAAGUGAAUGACAGUGCGCUAUCGUUAAUGGGAGAUUCUCAAGAAGAAGAUCGACGUCAAAUUGCCGAUUUAGUUACUGCAAAAAUGCAGGUAUGCUGUCGACCACAUAGUGUUUUAACGAAGACUACAUCGAGAGGCUCAAUGUCUGGCGCAAGUCAAACCGCUAGUCCUGUAGAGGAACGUGGACCACCAUCAGGUCCAGCACCAGUUCUUGGCUCUCAUGGAUCCAUAACUUCCAUGACAAGUAUUGGUAGUAUGGGCUCGGUAAGUUCUACUCCAGCCCAUGCAGCUGACAUCACUUCAUCUGAUAGCCAUCAACAACUCCAACGUCGAGAUUCUCAAGUCUCUCAAUCGAGUACCGUAAGCACUGCAGCAUCAAUAAGUCGUCGUUCUGAUGAACCACCUCCAUUGCCACCAUCUAGAACUCCAUUCCAUCGUCAAGGUAGCCAGUCUCAAGUACCAACUGGUGAAGAUACUGAAGAUACUAUGAAGAAUUUACGAAAGACCUUUGCAGGAAUUUUCGGUGAAAUGUAGAGAGAGGAAAAAAAAUAAAAAAGCAAACAAAAUUGAAUGAUACGAGGCUGUAGCAAUGCAAAUAUUUAUUUGGAUAAUUAAAAACAGAUUUUCAAUUAUAACAACAAUAAUCAGUGACCUCAAUUUCGAUUUUAAUAUUUAUAUAAUCGGUAAAUAAUUAUAAAAUAUUAAGGUCGAAGCUAUUAGUAAUGGCUAAAUUUAUUCAUAAAAGUAAAAUUUCUCAUACAAUUUAAAUAUUGAGUUUCAUACAUCGUGAUUGAAGUGGUUUGGAAUAAGAGUAAGUGGAAGAGAGUUAAGUAAAUGGUUAAAAAAUAUCACUAUCAGUUAAGUGACAGUACAGAAAAUGAAUACAAAAUAUAAAACAAUUUUUUGCAAUUGGAAAAAUCCUUGCCUGAAGCCUCUAGCUAUUAAUAUUUUAAAUCUACUUGUUAUGCUGGACGAUUAAACUUACUCAUCCAAAAGUACUUAUUUAUACAUUCGCAGAUUAUCGCAAGGCGGUAAUAGCACUGUGAAAUUUUUCUUGGGUUUUUUUUUAAUCGUUUUUAUGGAUGAUAUCAAGUGCGUUAAUAUUUAAUGGCUUAUUGUAAUUGAGAAAAGUGAAAGUACUCGUAAACCUUCGAUCAACUUGAUGUUCCAACUCUUAGCCACUUGCUUUGAACUAUAUUAAGUUUCUUUAAAAUUAUUAAAACCAAAAAUACUUAUGAUUAAUUAUAAAGAAAAAUUUUAGAUUGAAAAUAUUCAACUGCAAACGCACAAUUAGUUGUUAAGUCUUUUUACUAAUUUAUGAACUUUGAUCAGAAAUAAAGAAUGUCCAGUAAUAUGAGACUUGAAAAGACAAUGAAUAUUUUUAAUAAUAAUUAUUCUAAAUUAUAAAUAUAAUACAUUUGUUGUAGUUUGAAUUAAUGCACAAUUAAAAAAACAAAAACUUGAGAUAAAUUUUUUUCCAGUGAUAAUUUACUGUUUAUGCGAUAAAUUGCGAAUAGUUAAUAAGAAUAAAGAAUGAAGAAUGAGAAGGGAUUGAAUAGUUACAGUAUAUUACUCUGCAAAAUAUAUCUUGACAAGAUAAUAGAAAGUCUGCAUUGAUGUUGCACAGCCUCGAUUAAUAAUAAUAAAAUCUCAGGGGUGCUUUGAGGUAUUAGGUAAAGUAGAAAAUAGAGCACGAGCAGUUAUGGCAUAAAUGAAUGCAAAUUUUUCAAUAUCAAAUCUGUACAACUGAAUAUACCAUAUAAAAAGAAAUAUAAAAACCAGAGAACACAAUAAUAGAUAUAUAUUAAAAGCUGCUGAAUUUUUUAAAAAAUCAUCAUGAGUUGCUUGAUACACUUUAUUGGGAUAUUGUUAAAUAACAAUAAAAUUACAAUUAAUCAAGCAGCUUGUGAUGAUUUAAUAUAUUACUCAGCAGUAAGCUAAUAAUCAGAAACAAUAAACAAAGAAUAGAAAAAAAAAACAAAGAAAAUAUAAUAACAUGUUAUUUUAUUGAAUUUGUUAGUUAUUUUAAACGUGUUAGUAGUCUAUCACGACAUUGUCGUACCAAUAUCUCCAGUAAUUGUCUGAAAAAAUGGAAUUUCAUAAAACAAGCACAUUAAUUGAAUGUAAGAAAAAAUGUUAUGUUAAGUAAAACUUGUUGAAAACGUGUGCUGAUAAUUAUAAUUAUGUUAAGUUUGUUCAAUGUAUGUGUAAUAUAACCAAAGGGUUAUAUCAUAUUAUAAGCUACAAUCUCAGUCUAUUGGCUUCUACAUUAUUAUUAUUAUAAUCAACAAAUACUAUAAAAUUUGUGACCUAAUCAUUACCCUGAAAUCUGGCGUUUAAUUUUAUCCUCCAACCGGUUACAUGGAUUCAUGAUUAUAAUUACACAUAGAUCUUAUUCUCAUUAUUAUCCUGUAGAAAAUUUUCAUUUAUAAAUUAUAUCAAUGUUGUACGUUGAUAAAUAUUUUUUAUCUACUGCGGCUCUAAUAUUUAUUGUUCUACUGUCAACGAAUUUAUAAUAUAACGAUUAAGGUAUAAAAUAUUUCAGGAAUAAUAAGUUUACGAGAUCGUCGCGACAUGGACUCAUUUAAUCCAUGUAUCUCUCUACUAGAUUUUGUUUUAAUAAUUCAAUUGAAAUUUAGAAAAAUUAUAGAAAACUUUGAAAUUUUUUUUAUUAUCAAUUAUCCUUUGCCGCUUUUUGAUUCUUGUUAUAAAUAACUCUUAAAAUAAUAUUAACUAAUAAGAAUACUGAAAUAUAGACUACAUAACGCACUGAAAGUGUAGAUUAUUGUAUGUUGAAUAAUGAUCUUUCAUCUUCCAAUUUAUUUAAGCACUUUUAAAAACUGUGACGUAUCUUGAAACGAUUGAUUGAACAAUAAUUUUGGUACAAAUAAUUCACAUGUAAUAAUUGAGAAAAUAAAUAUUAAAUAUUGAAAUUUUUAUGUUUUAUUUAUAUAUGAUAAUAAAUAAAAUAUAAAAAAGCAUAAUUUUAUAAUAAAAUAAUAUUUUUUUUCUUAAUUAAUAAACAUUUUUCUCUUCACGUCUAUUGGUCUACUAGAUAAUCAAUAAAUCUCUGUAUGUAUCACUAAUAUAGUUAUCUUGUUAGAUAUACUGAUAUGUGAAGAUGAUAAAGAAAAAAAAUAUAAACGUUUAAUAGUAACAGUAGGCGGUAUGGUAUAUGUAAUCAAACUAUGCCAGUUACCGUCAGUUACCGUCUUGAUUUCAAACGCGUGCUAGCCACAUACAUAUACACCAUAACCACAUAAUUAAUCAUGGUAAAGUGUAUUAUACCAUUAUCAUACGCAUAAUUAUCACGAUACGUGUCAGUGUUAUUAUUAUUAUAGAUUUGUAUGGUUAUUCGCAUCACAACCAUUAUAAUCGACAAAA